GCUGCCCGGGCGAGUGGUAAACAGAGACGUCAGGCGGGGGCUGCUGCUCCGAGCAAAACAAAAAGGGAACCGGGGGGGGGGGGGGGGGCUGAUUGGGGAAUUGGUGCGGGAGAGAGGCUGGGGCCGCGGGGCCGCGGGCCCUAUUAAGAGGGGAGGGCAGGGAAGAGGCGGGGGGAGGGGCAGCUAGGGGAGGGGCGAGUGACGCGGGGGAGCGGGGCGUUGGGGAGGGCAGUGAUCCGGGUGGAGGAAAUUUGGGAGGAGUGUCCGGGGGGCAGCAACUUAAAAGGGGGAGGGAACUGCGGCUUAGGAGACGUUCGGUGAUGGGAGCGCAAUGUAUGAGGGGAUACGGUGCCUCAGGUUUAAAAGAGCAGGAAGCUGAGAGGUUGGAGAAAAAGUGUCUUCGCUAGGCGGAGGUUACAGGUGGUGCCUCGGAAAGAGCUCCGAGGCUGUCCGCUUGUAGUCGAGAAGACGAUCGGAGAACUGUGUGGAAGGGACAGCUUGGGGGCUAGCGUCCUGGGGCGAGGGGGGGAAGUUCGCGACUUUCUGAGGACUGGCAGGAAUGUGCCUCCUGGCCCUCGGUGCUUCCCCCCUGGGGGGGAGGCAUCGCGAGGGACGGUGGCAGACUCCUCUGAACGCUGAGCGGCGGAGGUCCAACUCCACGUAUGGAUCCAAGGAAUGAGAAUUCAGCCACAGAGGCUGCCGCGAUUAUAGACCUCGAUCCCGACUUCGAACCCCAGAGCCGUCCUCGCUCCUGCACCUGGCCCCUUCCCCGACCGGAGAUCCCUACUGAGACAGCUGAGCCGCCUGAGCCGCCCGAGGUGGAGCCAGGUCUGGGAGACAAGGUACUCACGGAGGGGCACUCAGAGCCGACCCUGUUGCCCUCCCAGCUCCCAGAGCCGGCAGGGGGCCCCCAGCCCGGGAUCCUGGGGGCUGUAACAGGUCCUCGGAAGGGAGGCUCCCGCCGGAAUGCCUGGGGAAAUCAGUCAUAUGCAGAACUCAUCAGCCAGGCCAUUGAAAGCGCCCCCGAGAAGCGACUGACACUCGCCCAGAUCUAUGAGUGGAUGGUCCGCACUGUGCCCUACUUCAAGGACAAGGGUGACAGCAACAGCUCCGCAGGAUGGAAGAACUCCAUCCGCCACAACCUGUCCCUGCACAGCAAGUUCAUCAAGGUUCACAAUGAGGCUACUGGCAAGAGCUCCUGGUGGAUGCUGAAUCCUGAAGGAGGCAAGAGCGGCAAGGCUCCCCGCCGCCGGGCAGCCUCCAUGGAUAGCAGCAGCAAGCUGCUUCGGGGCCGCAGCAAGGCCCCCAAGAAGAAACCUGCCGUGCUGCCAGCUCCACCUGAAGGUGCCACUCCAACAAGCCCGGUCGGCCACUUCGCCAAGUGGUCAGGGAGCCCUUGCUCGCGAAACCGUGAAGAAGCCGACGUGUGGACCACCUUCCGUCCACGAAGCAGUUCCAACGCCAGCACCGUCAGCACUCGGCACUCCCCCAUGAGGCCAGAGUCCGAGGUGCUUGCGGAGGGGGAGAUGCCAGCCUCAGUUAGCAGCUAUGCCGGAGGUGUCCCUCCCACCCUAAAUGAAGAUCUCGAGCUGUUAGAUGGGCUCAAUCUCACAUCGUCCCAUUCCCUGCUCUCUCGGAGUAGUCUCUCUGGCUUCUCUUUGCAGCAUCCUGGGGGGACGGGGCCCUUGCACACCUACAGCACCUCCCUCUUCAGCCCAGCAGAGGGGCCCCUGGCAGCUGGAGAAGGGUGCUUCGCAAGCUCCCAGUCUCUGGAGGCCCUGCUCACCUCCGAUACACCACCACCCCCCUCUGAUGUGCUCAUGACCCAGGUAGACCCCAUUCUGUCCCAGGCUCCGACACUUCUGCUUCUGGGGGGGCUGCCUUCCUCCAGCAAGCUAGCCACGGGAGUCGGCCUCUGUCCCAAGCCACUAGAGGCCCCGGGCCCCAGUGGUCUGGUUCCCACCCUGUCUAUGAUAGCACCACCUUCAGUCAUGGCAGGGGCUCCCAUCCCCAAACCGCUGGGGGCUCCUGUGCUCACACCCAGUACUGAAGCUGCAGGCCAAGAUCGAAUGCCUCAGGAUCUAGAUCUUGACAUGUAUAUGGAGAACCUGGAGUGCGACAUGGAUAACAUCAUCAGCGACCUCAUGGAUGGGGGCGAGGGACUGGACUUCAACUUCGAGCCAGAUCCCUGAGCCAUGGCUGGAAGCUUUGUCCUCCCCUGCUUCGGUGGUGGGGCCAGGCGUGCCUCUUUAGCCACUCUUUACCCUUGACCCCUCCCUGGGAAUUCGGGACCCUGCUUUAGAGCUAGGGUGGGGUCUGCUCCCUUGGGUGUUGAGGAAAUUACAAAGAUAAACCUGCCCCAUAUGGGAACUAUGGAGGGAGGGAGGGAAGGGGGUGGGGGAAAGGGAAAGGGUUUCUUCUCACUGUGCCAAUUAGGGGGUGAGGCCCCCUCUUGGGAGCCAUCCUUGGCUCCCUCCAUUCCCACCCCGCUAGGUUUUACAUCAGGGGUGGGCAAUGCUGUUGGAAAUGUGAAGUCACCAGUGGCCUUACCCCUGCCUUUGGGAGCAGGAUCUUUUGUAGUCUUAUCUGAGCUGGUCCAGGCUGGCUUAAGCCUGGGAUUUUUAUUCAGUGGCCCCCUAGGCCAGUGGGGUGGGGUGGGUAGGGUGGGUUAGUAGGGACCUGGAAGGGCCAAGGUUUGAGCACCGGAGGGGCUCACUGGGCCAAAUCACCCUUGGAAGGCUGCAGAUAACAGAAAGGCUUUUUGUAAACUUUUAAAGACAUAUAAACACAAAUAUAGAGGUUUUUAACAGUGGCAAGGUGCUAGUGAUGGGAAGAAUGCUUUUUUUUUCUUUCUGAAGGCUUUGUCAUAGUGACACGAUGCAAACACUACAGACAUUACUUGGGGAAACACAGGAAGUGGCGGGGGGAGAGCUCCAGGCUGCCACAGAGCAGAGGGGCAGGGGUGCAGCAGUGGACAGCAGUACCCAUCGAGGGGAAAGUUCUGGGAGAUGCUCAGAACAAGGUCUGCGUGUACCUGGCUUAGAGAUUCCCUGUGGAAAAGGCUAAGCCAGGCCCCCUUGUUCAACUUGUGUCUGGGAGUGUGUGGUGUUGGGGGCGCAGUCAUACUCCAGCAUGACCCACUGCUGAUUAGCCCUAUGGUGGGAGAGUGCAUGGAAGGCCUGGAAUUAGUUUGUGGCCUGGAAAGGGGUGGGAGGGGUGGGGGAGAAGAGGAGGGAAGGAUUUAGGGUGGUAAAGUUAGGCACAGAGACCUCCCUGUUCCAGGCCCCUGACAGCUGUCCCUGCCCUUCUUCCCCUUGCCUGACUACAGGGGUUAUGUGGAAGUGUGUGCGGUGGCAGGCAGGGGUGGGGGGGUGGAACAGGGAAUGGGGAGCUGGGGAGCUUGGCUGAGGGUCUGGGAAAUGAGCAGGGAUGGAGGGGAAUGUGGAUCAGGUUUACUAGCACCUGCCAGGGUGGCCAUCUGGGCCUCCUUCUCCACCCCAGCCCCCAAAGCAGCCCCUCCCCCAGUCCCCUUUGCAUUGUCCCCUCCCCCACCCCUGCUGUGGGUUCCCAUCAUUUCCUGUGUCAGCGCCUGGCCUACCCAGAUUGUAUCAUGUGCUAGAUUGGAGUGGGGAAGUGUGUCAAAUCAAUAAAUGAAUAAAUUCAAUAAAUGCCUAUAACCAGC